GUCUCCAGCUGCCAAGAACAGAAAGCUGGUCCCGAACGGCCCCCCGGCGAAGAGGAAGAAGUCUUCCAGCAGCAGUGACAGCUCCAGCGAGGAGGAGCAGAAGCCUCCAGCCAAGAAGCCAGCAGCAGCUGGGCCCAAGGCAAAAGCAGUUCCUCCAGCCAAGAAGGCAGAGAGCAGCAGUGAGGACUCCAGCGAUGAUUCAGACUCAGAGGAGGAGAAGCCAGCAAAGAAAGGUGUAAAACUCGCGGUGAAGUCACCUGGAACCAAAAUCCAGCCUCAAAAGAAAGCAGAGAGUUCCAGCUCUGACUCGAGCAGCUCAGAUGAAGAAGCACCAAAAAAACAGCCACCAAAGCCAGCAACACCUAAAUCAGGAAGUAAACCUGCCCAGGCAGCCACCAAGGUUGUCAAUGGAAAAGCAGCAAGCAGUAGCAGCAGUAGUGAAGAUUCGGAUGAGGAAGAGGCAUCAAAAAAGGCUGUUCCCAAGAAAUCACCUCUGCUGAAACCUGCAGCCACUCAAGCAUGUCCCGGAAAAAACAAACGUGCCAAGGAAAGUUCCAGUAGUGAGGACUCGUCUGACAGCUCAGAUGAUGAGAAGCCACCUGUGAAACAAAGGCCCAAGUCUGGUCAGUACAGUGCUGUACCACCUCCACAAGGUACGCAGGCAAAGAAAGGCCUUGUCAAGGCUCCUGCAAAAAAGGAUGAGAGCAGUGACUCAUCAGACAGCAGUGAUGAGGCAGAGCAGGUGCCUCCAAAGAGAGAAGCAGGCAAAGCAGCAGUAGCUAAAACAGUCCCUGCUCCCCAAAACAAAGCUGUUACUAGCAAGAAGGCUGAAUCCAGUUCUGACAGUGACUCAGAUUCUAGCUCUGAAGAUGACAAGAAGAAGGUGGGGAGUAAGCUCCCAGUUAAACAACCUGUGAUAAAGAAUACUGCCAAACCAGCAGCGAAAGUGGUUGUCAAACCUGGACAAGCUAAGAAAGACUCCAGUUCUUCCUCAGACAGCUCAGAUUCUGAUAGUUCUAACAAGAAGGCAGCUCCUGUGAAGCCCACACCUAAAGCAGCAACCCCUGUAGCAAAGAAGACACAAGCUGCCACAAAGAAAGCACAGAGCAGCUCUGAUUCAGAUAGCAGCUCCAGCAGUUCUGAGGAUGAGAAGAAGAAUAAAGGCCCUCCAGCUAAAUUAGCCAAAAAAGUGGCUAAACCAGCAUCUAAACCUUCUACUCAAGCUCCCAAAGCAGACACAUCUGACUCUGAUAGCUCAAGCAGUGAAGAAGAAAAGAAGCCAGCAGUGAAACCAGCUGCCAAAUUCACAGGGGCUGCAAAAGCAGCUGUGGGGAAGAAGGCAAGUGCUUCUAGUAGUAGCAGCAGCUCAGAUAGUUCCAGUGAAGAGGAUGAGAAGCCCAAAAAGGCAGGGAAAGGAGCACAGAAUGGUUCUAAGGCCCCUGCCUCUACAGCAAAACCAUCAGCAACAGCAGCAAACAACAUGAAGUCUAAGCCAGCUGGUGGCAGCAGUAGUAGCAGUGAAAGCAGCUCUGAAGAAGAGACUGGAAAAGUCAAUGGAGGCCCAAUCAAGAAGAAACAGAAGAUGGAAGAUGCUCAGGAGGCAGAGACACCACACAAUAAAAAAGCAAAGGUCAAAGUCAAAACACCACACACAGUUCCCAAGGUGAAACGGGCAGCCUCUCCGUUCCGCCGUGUGAGGGAAGAAGAGAUUGAGGUGGAUGCCCGUGUUGCUGAUAACUCAUUUGAAGCAAAGAAAGGAGCAGCUGGUGACUGGGGCGAGAAGGCUAACAAUAUCCUGAAAUACACUAAAGGCAAAUCUUUCCGCCAUGAGAAGACAAAGAAAAAACGAGGCAGCUACCGUGGGGGCGCUAUAUCAACCCAAGUCAAUUCUGUCAAGUUUGAAAGUGACUGA